AAUUUGUGUUGGAGAAAGGGUCAAAUAUGACAGCACAAAGUCCUGAGUUGGAAAUAUUCUGCUGAAAUUUUAAGCGCAUAUUGCAAGAGCUUUUGAAACCAUUCUUUCUUAGAAUUAUCCUUGUAAAGAGACAACUCUCCCACCAUUCUAUCUUGACUGAAGUGAUUAUGUAAAUAUACUCUGAUCCUUUCUGAUUGUUUGAGUAAGCUUGAGACUGGAGUGUACAGCCAUGGCUUCAGGGUUAUCAAUGAAGGGUGAAGGUGGGCAGUACAAUGGUAGGAUCACCUCAGUCAUUCUUUUCUCUUGCUUAAUGGCUGCCACGGGAGGAUUCAUCUUUGGUUAUGAUCUUGGAAUAUCAGGUGGAGUAACCUCCAUGACACCAUUUCUCAAAGAGUUCUUCCCAGAUGUGUACAGAAGGAUGAAAGAAGACAAAAAGAUUAGCAAUUACUGCAAAUUUGAUAGCCAACUGCUCACGUUAUUUACCUCUUCACUCUACAUGGCUGGUCUCAUUGCUUCCUUCUUUGCAUCACCAGUUACUAGGGCUUUUGGACGCAAGAUGUCAAUCCUUGCGGGAGGGGUAGCAUUUCUUGCUGGUUCAGCAUUGGGAGGUGCUGCUUUGAACUUGUACAUGCUGAUAUUUGGCCGUGUCUUGCUUGGUGUUGGGCUUGGAUUCGCAAACCAAUCAGUUCCACUAUAUAUCUCUGAAAUGGCACUACCACAACACAGAGGAAAAAUGAACAUUGGCUUUGAUCUUGGUGUUGGCAUUGGUAUACUUAUAGCUAACAUCACCAAUUAUGCCACUCGAAAGAUCAGGGGUGGAUGGGGUUGGCGCAUCUCCUUAUCUAUGUCAGCAGUCCCAGCAGCAAUCCUAACACUAUGUGCACUCAUUCUUCCAGAAACGCCCAACAAUCUAAUCCAAAACAGAAAGAACCACCAGAAAGCUAAGAGGGUGCUACAGCGAGUACGAGGCACUGCUGAUGUUGAAGCUGAAUUUGAUGAUCUCAUAAGAGCAAGCUCAGUUUCAGAAAUCAUCAACCAUCCAUUUAAGAACAUCAUGACAAGAAAGUACAGACCUCAAUUAGUAAUGGCAAUAGCCAUACCAUUUUUCCAAGAAGUGACAGGGAUAAAUGUCAUUACAUUCUAUGCUCCAAUCUUGUUCAGGACAAUUGGCGAAGGAGAAAGUGCUUCACUUUUGUCUGCAGUUGUCAUUCGUCUUGUCAGUACUACCUUCAUAAUCAUAGCUAUGCUGACAGUUGAUAGAAUUGGCCGAAAAGCAUUGUUUAUGAUUGGGGGAACUCAAAUGUUUCUGUCUCAAAUAGUGGUUGGAGGAAUAAUGGCUGCUUUGUUGGGGGAUCAUGGUGGCCUAACAAAACUAUGUGCUUACUUGGUUUUGGUUUUUAUAUGUAUAUACGUAGCUGGCUUUGCAUUAUCAUGGGGUCCCUUGGGUUGGUUAGUCCCUAGUGAGAUUUAUCCACUAGAAAUUCGAUCAGCAGGCCAAAGUAUUACAGUUGCUGUAGGCUUCCUCUUACGAUUCAUUGUUGGACAGACUUUUCUGGCCAUGCUUUGCCAGUUCAAGUCAGGGACUUUCUUCUUUUUUGCUGGAUGGUUGGCUGUGAUGACUGCAUUUGUGCAUUUCUUACUACCAGAGACUAAGAAUGUUCCAAUUGAGCAGAUGGAGAAAGUUUGGAGGGACCAUUGGUUUUGGAAAAAAAUUGUUGGAGAAGUGGAUAAGGAGAGUAAGCUGCAAGGAUCAUAAAUUAAUAUAUAAGUGUAAUUUGCAUUAGAUUACAUAACUAUUGCCAACUUUGACUUUUAUUGUUGCAUAUAUGCAUGGGGUCCUAUGAUCCUGCUUAAUUUGUAUUUGAUUUUAGACUAGUUUCUGUGUCCUAGUGGAAAACUACCCUAGCAAUGGUCUAAGUACUGAAAUACAGAUCCUUUCAAUGAAAUUGUCAAGCUUCCCCUCAUUUUUGAAUUGCGCAGGAGUGCAUCAUGAGGAACAACCAGCAAAAAUGUGGAAAUUAAGUUUUUUCUCUGGACAACAUUCUCUUCAUGGAAUUAAUUUAUCCAGAUUAGUUAAUGGUAGCCAAGGUGCAAAUUACUCUUCAAGAGAGUACAGAGAAGAGAUAAGAACAGAAAAGAAAUGCAGGCAAACACUACAUUAAGGCUUCUUCUUACCUAAUAAGUGAUAACAAGUUUAGAGACAUGGGGAUCAAGGCAUGUGAUGCUUUAUGGCUAAUUGAUUUGGAUAGAUAUUGAGCUAAGGUUUAGACUCGACAUUAUGACAAUUUAGAAUAAUUAAGAACAUUUUACAUUAUGAUGACCUAGAAGUUAUUGAAGGGUUUAUAGUACAGUUAAUCAAAUUAAGAAUUAUAAACAAAUUAUUAGUCCGCAUGAUACAUAAAAAUUAGAAAAAAUCACAAAGAUUUCACAAGCGCAAAAUCCUCCAAAAGUUCACACAUGAUGCCUCAAUUCUGUCUCCUAAAGAAGUGAUUGCUUCUCCUCCCACUAGGGAAGUGCAGUCAUCCCAGCACUGCUUGUUAUAGAUGGAAUAGAGAACUCACAUGAAU